AUGUCACCCCCCCCCUUUGCCAUCAACCACCACCUGUGCCUGGUGGUCUACGCCGGCGCCUUCACCCUGGGGCUGCCCCUCAACCUGGUGGCCCUGGUGGCCCUGGGGGUGGCAGCGCGGCGCCGGCAUCUGCUGCCUGCUGAUGUCCUCCUCCUCAACCUGACCGUGGCCGACCUGGCGCUGGUGGCCUCCCUGCCUGUCUGCAUGGCUGAGGCUGCCUGGGAGGCCACCUGGAAGCUGCCACCGGCCCUCUGCCCGCUCUUUGUCUUCCUCUUCUUCACCAGCGUCUACCUCACCACCCUCUCCCUCACUGCCCUCAGUGUCGACCUGUACCUCAGCGCUGCCUUCCCUGUCCAGUACCACCAGCGCCGGCGUGUGGCCCACGCUGCCGUGGCUGCUGCUGGCUCCUGGGCAGCUGCCUUGGGCCACUGCAGUGUGGUCUACGUGGCUCAGCCUGGCCCAGCGGGCAAUGGCACGGCCUGCUACACCCGCUUCGCUGGCCCGCAGCUGGCCACCUUGCUGGCCCUCCGCCUGGAGAUCUUCCUGGUGCUCUUCUGCCUGCCCCUGGCCAUCACCGCCUUCUGCUACAGUCGUCUGGUCUGCAUUGUGGCUGCCCUCCCCACCGCUGCCCUGGGCAGGAAGCGGCGGGUGGUGGCCCUGGCAGCUGCCACCACAGCGGCCUUCGUCCUCUGCUUUGCCCCCUUCAACGUCUCUCACGUGGUGGGGUACCUGCGGCGGGAGAACCCGCCCUGGAGGGCCUACGCCGUGCUGCUCACCACCCUCAAUGCCUGCCUUGACCCCCUCAUCUUCUGCUUCUCCUCUGCCGCCCUGCGACAGGGCCUCCGGCAAGUCUGGGAUGCAAUGGGGCUCGGUUGGCUCCGGGCCAGGAGCCGGGCACCCUCUGAGCGAAGUGGGGAUAUGGCUGGGGGGUCUGGAGGCGAGGCGUUGGGCUUGUUGGCGUGUCUGGGGGUCGGUGGCACCGAGCUGGAGGCAUAUCAGCAGGCUUCAGGCCUAAGAGAGCCCCAAGGCAGGGCUUUGGAGGCUUGGGGCAGCCAUGGGGGUCCCCAGACAUCUGGGGAUGGUCUUGGGGGAGACAAGGAGCAAAGCCAGGCUGGAGCUUCUGGGGUGGCUGUGGAUCCUUGGGCUGGGCUCUGUGACAUGGGUUGAGUCAGCCCCUUCCACCCUUCCCCCUUCCCUUGCCUUCACCCUCUCCCCCUCCAGGGUUCAGGGCCGUGGGGAGUUGUGUGUGUGGUGGAAGGGGCACGGAUGCCUGAGUCCUCUCCUGGCUCCAGGAGAGCCAAGUGGGUGAAAGGAGGCUGGGGGGGGUGGGGAGUGUGUGGAACCGUGGUUUCCUCCGUGGUUCCUCCACUCCCAGGAAGCUUCCGGGGGCUCUCCACGUGCCCUGGGGCUGGGAUGGGCAGGUGCCCCCUCCCCGUUAUCAGGGCAGCGCCUGGGGAGGAGUCACUUCCCCGCUGCUGUCCCAGAUGGCCAGGCAGGACCCUAACCCUAACCCUAACCCAACCCAACCCUAACAGUCCUCCCCAUCCCCCCAGCCGUGGGGGUCUCUGGCUGCGAGGCAUGAUCCCAGGCGUCUGGGCUGGCCCCUAACUCAGGCGAGCUGUGGCACCGGGAAGGGGAGGGAAGGCAGGGGGGGUGUCUCUCUCUCCCCUGUGGCUAAAUAAACAUCCCUCAUCCAGUGGUUAAAAAUAGCUCGGUGGCUAUUCCCAGGCCCUUCCCCACCCUCUCUCUCCUCCCCUUCCCACAGUAUGUUUACCCUCCCUCCCGUACCCACCCUCCCUCCGGUCUGCCAGUUUGGUGAUGAGGCCACCAGUGGGCCCUGGGAUGCUGUGGAAUGAGGCGGGGGGAGAUGGGAAAGGCACCAGGGGGGCGACUGGGGGCACCCAGUGGAAAUGGAGCCCUCCCCUCCCCCCCAGCUUCUCCCUCACCCCCCCUUCUGCUGGUUCCUCUGCGGACGUGUGCCCAUGAACGUGGCUUCUGUCUGCGGUCAGGAAACUUCAAACUUCCUCAACGUCGUUCAAAGCCACUUCCCUCCCCCCCCACCACCACCCCCGGGGGACACAGACGUCCUGGGAACCCAUCGGUCUGGGAUUUCCCCCUCUGCUCCCCAGACAUACACACACCCCAGGCAGACACAGGCAUCCCAGGGACCCCAGCAUCCAGGUGCCCCCCCAGGACGUGUCCUCCACCCCAGAGGCUCCCAGAAGAGGCAAGCAUCCAUCAGGGGGACCCCCCCCCCCCCCCCUUCCACCCCAGACCGUGGCCCCUCCCCAGGGAGUGCCCUUGGCUGUAACAGGAGGCACCCAGACACCUGGGUCCCAUUGGUGCCAGGAGCUGAGCGCUGUCCUGCCACCAUGUUGAUCCUCAUUGCCUAUGUGUUGACCUUCAUUGUGGGCUUGCCAGCCAACAUCUUCACCUUUGUUACCCUCCUGGGCAAGGCACGCCGCCGUGUCAACCCUGCUGACAUCCUCCUGCUCAACCUGACCAUCGCUGACCUCCUCCUCCUCCUCUUCCUCCCUUUCAAGAUGGCAGAAGCAGCUGCUGACAUGACCUGGCCCUUACCGAUUGUCCUCUGCCCUGUGGCCAACUUCUGCUUCUACUCCAGCAUCUAUCUCAGCAGUCUCUUCUUGGCAGCACUCAGUGUUGAGCGCUAUCUUGGUGUUGUCUUCCCCCUCCAGUUCAAGAACAGGCGGAGGCUGGGGCGGACAAUGGCUGCCAGCGCCAUCCUCUGGCUUUUGGCCUGUUCUCAUUGCUCCAUUGUCUUUGUGGCACAAUAUCAUGGUGAUGGUAGUAGACAGUCCACGGUCUUGAAGCUUGGUAGCUUUGUGGACAACGGGUCUCAGGGCUUUAGACCAGAUGGCUCCAUGGUCAAUGGGUUCAAGCCUGGUGGCUAUGGGAUGUCCAACCCUGAUGGCUUCAACCCCAACAGCUUUAAUCCCAGUGGCCCCAGAAUCUCCAGCUCUGAUGGCCCCAUCUCUACUGGCUUCAGCCCAAGUAGCUCUGGAAUCUCCAGUCCUGACAGCUUCAACCCCAAGGUCUUCAAGAUCUACAACCCCAAUGGCUUCAUGGUCAAUGGUUCCAAGACUUCCAAUGGUGACAUCUCCAUCCCCAAUGGCUCCAGGAUCUCCAGUCCAAGUGGCCCCAAGCCCUAUAACUCCAAAGUCUUCACCAACAAUGUCACAACCAUCCCUGGCAUCUCCACUAUUGCUGAUGUCUCCUGGACCUCCAACAUCCACAGCACGGCUGUUCCCAACCAUCUUGCUGCUUCUAGCAGCCACGGUGAUACCAACAGCAACAGUACCUACAAGUGCUAUGAUGAUUUCUCAAAGGAGCAGCUGAGCUUUGUCCUCCCACUGCGGCUGGAGCUAUUUCUUGUUCUCUUCCUCCUACCGUUUGCUGUUACCAUUUUCUGCUACAUCAACUUUGUGCGGGCUCUCCUUGCCCGGCCUAAUAUUCCGCUGGAGAAGAAGCAACGGGCUGUGGGUUUGGCUGUGGCCACCAUGGUCAAUUUUGGGGUUUGCUUUGCACCCUACAACAUCUCGCAUGUGGUAGGCUUUGUGCUGCAUGAGAGCCCAGCAUGGAGGUCAUAUAUUUUGUUCCUCACCAGUCUCAAUGCUGCUCUUGACCCUUUCAUCUUCUACUUCUCCUCCACGGCCAUACAGAGGGCUGUGGCUGGGGUGGUGGUGGCUGUGCGGGACAAGCUACGAGCCAUGGUGGUCUGUUGUUAUGGGGGAGUGACCCAUGAGCACACCCUGCCCAGGAUGUGGCUUGCUGACACAAUGCUUUAGGGGGGUGGGGUGGGGGACACAACACAGGCAUGCACGGACAAAGGGCCUCACCGUAGGGGCUAUGGAUUUGAUUGGGUAAGGGCAAGUGGGGGGGGUCUGGAUUUGGGGGUGGAGUGGGGUUGCACUUUGAAGGGCUUUGGAAAAUGGUGAUAUUUCCAAUGUCCAUGGGGUUGUAGUCAGCUUGGACCAGUGGAUCUGAGUCAUGGCAUCAAUCAAUGUCAGGUCAUAGUGAUAUCUCCAAUGUCUUUGGGGCCACGCUGAUGAGUUUGAAGUUGAUGGUUUCUACAGGUCUGUGAUCUCCACGGGACCGAGGCCUCUUUGGUGCCAUGAGGCCAAGGCCUCUGUGGGUCGGAGGGCUACAAGGAUCCAUGUGGACAUCUUGAUCUCUGACCUCUGUGGAUUGCGGGCCUCUGUCCCUUGUGGCCCACACCAUCCCCACCACCCCACUCUCUGCGCACCGAGCAAGGAAUCUGGAACUGCUGGACUGGCUGCAGAGCCACACGCCGCGCCCCACGGAGGUGGUUCUGGUGGCCACCAGCCCACUGCUGUAGGAGCAGAUGGCAACGGCACUUCCUGUGGGUUCUGCACUGUCUGCUCCCCCCCCCCGCCCCCUUGCUGAGUACUUGGAGGGGUCAGGAUGCAGGACAGAACAGCAAUAGCUCACCUGCAGGGAGAAUAAAUGUGGAG